GACAAAAACUCCAUCAAAACAGGCAAAGAGAGUCUCACACACCUACCUAAAAGCCGGCAAAAUGACCCACUCCGAUGACCGGUUUACCGGUAUUCCCCGGUUUUCCAACCUACCCUACCCCACCAAUUCCUGACACGUGUCCUUCAUCGGUUUCCUAUGUCAUGACGGACGGACCUCUUUUUCCGUCACACCCCAAACGGCAAUCCAACAAACUCUCUCUCCUCUAAAUUCACCUUCCCCCCUUCUUCUCUCUCAAAAAACCCUAAUUUUCUCUCUCUUCUCCUCCGACCAGAUCCAUGGACGACGAGGAGGAAAUCCGGUCUCAACCUCCGUCACCUGAGAGUGAACCUCACUCCCCACCUUCCGGUCAAAUCACGGUAACUGUUGCGGCGGCGCCUCCUUCUUCAACAACUCCUUCAUCUACACCGCCGCCGAGUUCUUUAACUCUCGCACUUCCGAUCCAGCAAUUCCCUCGACCUCUCGCUAUUAUCUCUAGCGGCUGUGGAGGAGGAGGGAGCGUCGGUGGUGGUAGUAGUGGUGGAGGCGGCGGAGGAGGAGGAGGAGGGAGAGAGGAUUGCUGGAGCGAAGGAGCUACGUCGGUGUUGAUCGAUGCUUGGGGGGAGAGAUACAUGGAGUUAAGUAGAGGAAAUCUGAAGCAGAAGCACUGGAAAGAAGUGGCCGACAUUGUUAGCAGCCGCGAAGACUACACGAAGGUACCUAAGACUGAUAUUCAGUGUAAGAAUCGUAUCGAUACAGUGAAGAAGAAGUAUAAAAUUGAGAAACAGAAAGUUGCGAGCGGCGGCGGACCUAGCCGGUGGCCGUUUUUUGAUCGGCUUGAUCGGCUUAUAGGUCCCGCCGCCACUCCGACCACUUCGAAGGGGUCGGGGUCAGGGUUAGGGUUAGGGCCAAUGUCGACUGCGACAGUUUCCGUUUCCACCGGUGGAUUAUCUUCUCAUGGUAAGGCGGUUCCCGUUGGAAUUCCGGUAGGGGUUAGACCCCUACCACUCCCCUUCUCCUCUCAUUCACUCCAAACCCCUCCCCACUUACAACAAUGGCCACAAUUGAAACAGCAAUUUCAAUUUUCUCCUGUUCAACAACCAGUGAGAUACAAUUCAAUCAAUUCUAAUUCUACUAGUUCUCCUGCUGCUGCUACUCCUGCUAGUAAUAAUGUUAAUAGAGCACCACUAGAGCAACAAUUACAAUUCCAUAAGCAUCAACAAGAAUUACAAUUUAGGAGGGGGGAGGAGUCUGAUACUGAUCAAGAAGAGUGGUCCCAUGAUGAUUCUGGGGACAGCUUACCACCGGAGAGGACAGGGUUUGAUCAUCGAAGGAAGCGGCCGAGGAUGGAGGUGGUUAACAGGGGAGGAGGAGAAAGGGUGAAGGUUAAAGGGAAGAAGAGCAGAGAAAAGAAGGCGGCGGCGGUUAAAGUGUGGGGGAACUCUGUAAGGGACUUGACGAGGGCGAUUAUGAAGUUCGGGGAGGCGUAUGAGUCGGCAGAGAGCGCGAAAUUGCAGCACAUUGUGGAGAUGGAGAUGCAGAGGAUGAAGUUUACUAAGGAGUUGGAGUUGCAGAGGAUGAAGUUUAUGAUGAAGACACAACUUGAGCUUUCGCAAUUGAAUGGUAAUGGGAGUAAUAAUAGUGAUAGUAGAGGUGGUGGUGGUGGUGGUGGUGGAAGUGGGGGCGGUGGUGGUGGUGGUGGCGAUAGUAAUCAUAAUCAUCAUCUUCAUGAGAAUCAUCUGAAUCAUGCUAAUAGUGAUAGUAGUAAUUAGUAGUUGUAGAAGCAGUAGUCUACUGGUAGAAGAAGAAGAGGAAGAUUAUUAUAUUAGAUCACAUGAUCUCUUUUAGUCUUUUUAAUAGUAUGUUUAUGAGCUAAAGAUGAUAAAAAGUUUAAGUCUUUUUCCUUGGGAAAAGAUCUGUAUGUUCUUAUUGUUGAGAUUAUUUGAUUGUGGGAAAAAAGGGGGAAAGUUCAAUCAUUUGUAAUUGAUGAUGGUUAUCUUAGAAAUUCGAAUUUAUUAAUUGGGUAUUUAAGCUCUUAACAGAGAGCUAAUCUGUAA